AUGGAAGACGAUCAUAAUCUAGACGAGCUAAAACUCAAAGCUCAAUCUUUAGAAUCAACAAAGGAAAAGCUUAUGGCUGCAAUUCAAACAACGCGCCAAUCCAUCUUUAAUUACCAAUCAUGAAUCUCUCAGUUAGAAAAGCAAAAUGAAGCCUUGGAAAUUGAAUUAUCCAAGAAGAAAGAAGAAAUAAAAAAUAAAAGAAGAUCUUUGAGGGGCAGAUAA